AUGGAAGCCAAAUUGAAAAAGAAGAAAUAUCUGAACCACCUCCAGCACAACAUCUGUAGGAACCACCGCCUAUACCAACAGGAUUUCUACGAGCAGUUCGAUAAGUUCCUUUUCAAUUAUGGCGUGGUGUUAUUGAACCCAUAUAGGAAAAAUAAUUUAUUCUGUAACCAGCUCUCCUUCCUGAGCUACACGGUUCGCUUCUUCUGCUCUGAGGAGGGGGCAACAAAACGCAGUGCAGAUGAGGAAGGGGAUAGGCACAGCUCAGAUGGAGGAUCAACUAGUCGUGAUGGAGACUUACUCAGUGAUGAUGGCGGCGCAGAAGAUGUGGAGGAUGAGCUCCACCGGAUGGAUAUUGACGCAAAGAGGAAGGAAAUAUGGGAUACCAUAAAGAGCAAAGUAGAGGCAGAAGGGGAGGAUGCAGCCAAGAGGAGGCAGGAGGCAGAGAAGAAGAGACUCAGGGAAAAUCCCCUGUGCCCAUAUGAGGAUCUGAAUGAAUACAUAAACCUAUUAAUGGUAACAGACAAGGAAGAAAUAAACUUCCCGGAGGAACUCUUUUUUCUGAUUUCGCAGUUGCUAGUGAAGCACAAAAAUAAUCUGUACAUCUCUGUUCUUUUAAGUAUAUUGAAAACGUUACGACAGAUAAAGAGGAAAAUAGAUGUGUUGAGAUACCUCCAGGUUCUGGUUUUUCUGUGUGAUGUGAAUUUGAGUAAGAUAAGAAUGUUUCUCUUUAAGAGCGUCGUCGACGCAAUUGUGCAGGUUCACAGGGCGCCGAAAAGGGGAUCAAAAGGUUUAAAGCAUAGUUCCACAGAACCCGUAGGUGGUCCCAAAGUGGCAGAUGAAAUUCUGCUACUUCUUCACGAAGCGUUCGUGGAGAAUAAACAGAGAAAGCGCAUCCAGAAGAAGUACGCCUCCACAGGUAGUAACGACUCGAACAGAAGACACUACCUCAGUAACGUACCUAUCACAGAGAGCCUGAACAAUUUCGCCUGUAGUGUCCUAAUCGAGUUAAUAAAGAAAAAAAUUUACGUUACAAAAAAAAAUAUUAACUUCUUAUGCGAAGGCAUAUUCUACAAGAACGAAAAAAUUGUAAAAUGUGUUUCGUUCGCUUUGUUAGGCAAGUUGGAUAACAGAGACUUUGUAAUUCGAAUGGCAAAGGAAAAAAUGAACACGAACAACGAGAUUGAUAACCUAAAGAACAUAAGUAAUCAGACACAUCAAAAGUUAAGUAAAGCAAAAAUAAAGAAGCUUCAUCAGAAGAAGGAAAAGAUUCUAAGUAAACUGUAUAAGAAUAAUCAGAGAGAAUGCACUUCGUCGGAUGAAGAUAUUGUGGAGAGGAACAAAGGAAAAGGAGGGGGUGAACAUCUGUCUAAUAGAGCCAACUACACUUUUAUCGAUUUAUUGUUCGAUCCACAUUCCUUUGCCAACAAUAUCUUUAACUUAAUAUGCACCAAGUAUCGAAACAGCCAUGGGACCGUUAAGUUACUCCUCCUAAAUAUUCUGUGUAGAUUACAUCAACGCAAUCAGAUCGUUCAGGAAAAUUUAUUUCUCUAUUAUGAGAAGCUCUUGGAGAACUUGAAAAGCAAGACACUUUUACCUAAGUACCUUUCGACUUUUAUCCAAUGCAUCCAUGGAACUACCCCCUCGAUGUACGUACAACGAAUUGUACAUGUAUUAACGAAAAAGUUCUUGUUCGAUAAUAUGUCUGCAGAAUUUAUAUACCUCAUCAUUAAUGCUAUCGUCGAAAUUCUUAGCAAGUGUCCUGAUUGUCUAGACGAAGAGGUAUUCGAAGCGAUUAUUGUUUUUAAGGAUUACAAAAAUAAAAAUACUGCAACCCUCAUCAGGAGAUUUGUUAAUCUGUGUAAGGAAAUCAACCCCGAGUUGCUGAGUAGAAAAUUCCUCGACAAGAAAACUGCUCUCCAUAUGCAGCGCCGCAAGAUUCUUUCGUCCGCGUCAGGGGGGGUCGUUCCAGACACGAGCUCGAUUCUCCAGUAUUCAUAUCUGCUGCGCGCGGGGCGAUCCGCAGAGGAGGGGGAUGAUGAUGACGACGAUGACGAUGAAGAAAACGACAACGAUGAUGAGGAGGAGGAUGACGAUGGUAACGAGGACGACGAGGACGAAGGUGAAGUAGAUAGUGGAGUGGACGAAGAAGAGGUUGAAAGCGAUGUGCACGAAGUUGGAAGUGGAGAAGAAGUUGACGAUGAUAAUAACGAUGACGAAGACGAAGAUGAUGAUGAUCAUGAUGAUGAUGAGGAUGACCACGUUAUGGAUGAUGUUGUUGAUGAUGAUCCAGAUGACAUGCCGAAUGACCAACCGUCCCGUCCGCACGGUGGGCGCCAGGACAAGCAGACCAAGAAGGCCAGGCGCAGAGACGAAAAGGUAAAGAAGGAACAACGCAUCCUCCAAAAGAACGAACAAAUAUUGAGCCAGAAAAUUCUGACGGACCAAGAUUUUCGAAAACUGAAAAGAAUGAGGGAUUACGUUGCCAACAACAAGAAGAUCCUCAUGUCGGAUCUGCAAGACAUUUGCAAUGCGGAGUACAGCGAAGAACAAUCAGAUAGUAGCGGAGACGAGGGACAGGAAAAAAUUAUCACCCAUGAAGAUUUAUUGAUGAAAAAGAAAAUAAAAAAACAGGAACUAAUGAAAGUAAAAAUAAAAAAGAAAAGCCAAAGUGAUAACCGAUUUAAGACCAACAAAGAGAAGGAAAAAAAAAAAUCUGUUAUGAUGUUGGCACAGAAACUAAGGAGGAAGAAGAAGAACAAUGCGGUUGUGCAGUACGGGAAAAUUAAGAAGAAGCUGAAAGGAAAGUUAGCUGCGAGGGCUAAGAAAAGGGGAAUCCUCCAGAAGCGUAUUGCGAAAAAGUUGAGUAGGCGGCGCCGUUGA